GGUGUAAAUGUUUUGGGUGUAAAUGUUUCGUGAUCAUGCUGAGCUCAGUCACUGAGCUGCACUCUUACAUCGACCGCACACAACUGACCCACGAACUCGGGGGAACGCAGGAGUACUGUCAUGACAAGUGGAUCUCUCACCGCACAGCAAUUGAGGGUUUUGCAUUGAUGGUGAAGAAAACAGCACAGACUCUGCAGCUGUUUGGGACUGAACUGGCUGAAACCGAACUCCCCAAUGAAAUCCAGGCCACGACCCUCCUUCUGAGCACGCACACAAGCAAGAAAAAUAGAAUGAAGGAGGAUCUGCUGGUAGCCCAGGGUCAGGGCAGCAGGCUGCUGGAGAGCAUCAAUGAGCCUGUAGUCAGAGACCCGGACCACAACAUGAACCAGGAUGAGCUGGAGAACCUGGCCACAGUGCAAAGGCUGCUGUCUCAGCUGGACGAGACGGAGCGAGCUUUCGACGAGUUCUGGGUGAGACAUCAGACCAAACUGGAGCAGUGUCUCCAGCUGCGUCACUUUGAGCACAGCUACAGAGAGGUGAGGGCUCUGCUGGAUCAGGUGUCUGAGAAACUCGCAACCUUUUCUGAGGUGGGAAUCAGCCCGGCUCACGCUGACCACAUCUUCGGUGAACUCAGCACUUAUGAGGAGAGAGUGUGUGAGGUGCUGGACAGAGCCUUGUCUUUGGCUAGUGAGGGUGAAGAACUGAUUAAGAACUCCCACUACGCUGAGGACUCCAUCCAGCCCAAAUGCAGCGAGCUCAGAGCGAUCAGUGAGACGGUGAGCAGCUCCCUGCGGGCCAAGAAGGACCACCUCCUCAAAGCCAUGGAGCUGCACCAUCGUCUGGAAAGGGCUUCUAAAUGGGUGGAUGAUGGCAUUUACCUGCUGGCAUCCCAGCCUGUGGACAAGUGUCAAUCGCACGAGGGGGCGGAGUUAGCCCUGCAGGAGCUGGAGCGCUACCUGGAGAAGGCAGAACAGAACCAACUGACGGAACUCAGCACCAUCUGGGACGAAUAUGAAGCUGUGAUCAAUCAGCAGUUAAGGGACCAAGUGGAGAAGGUGUUCCAGAAGCAGGCGUCCAUGCAGGAGAUGUUUGACAAGAGAAGGAUCAGCCUGAAGAAGCUCGCAGCCAAACAGACCAGACCGGUGCAGCCUGUAGCCCCCAGACCCGAAGCCUUCAUCAAAUCUCCUCUCAGCUCGCCCGCACACAGAGCUCAGCUGGAGAAAAACGACUCAGAGAUAGACUCCGGGAACAACUGUGAGAAAGGAAGCGGCCCUCUGCAGAACGGAGACGGUAACAGCAGACAUGCGUCUCUGUCAGAGGAGGAGGAGAAUCUGGCCGUGCUCAGGAGGCACGUUAUGAACGAGCUGCUGGAAACUGAGAGAGCGUACGUUGAGGAGCUGCUCUGUGUAUUACAGGGAUAUGCCUCUGAGAUGGAUAAUCAGGCGAUGGUUCACCUCAUGCCUGCUCCCCUGCAGAACAAAAAGGAGGUUCUGUUUGGCAACAUGCCAGAAAUCUACCACUUCCACAAGAGAACUUUCCUGAGGGAGUUGGAGCAGUACACAGACUGCCCACAGCUGGUUGGACGGUGUUUUAUUGAGAGGAUGACAGACCUGCAGAUCUAUGAGAAGUACUGCCACAACAAGCCUCGCUCUGAAAGCCUUUGGAGGCAGUGUUCAGACUGUGCCUUCUUCCAGGAGUGUCAGAAAAAGCUGGAGCAUAAACUGGGUUUAGACUCCUAUCUGCUGAAGCCUGUUCAGAGGAUUACCAAAUAUCAGCUGCUACUGAAGGAAAUGCUGAAGUACAGUAAGAGCUGUGAGGGGGCUGAUGACCUGCAGGAGGCGCUCACCUCCAUCUUAGGCAUCCUUAAGGCUGUUAAUGACUCAAUGCAUCUCAUCGCCAUCACAGGAUACGAGGGGAACAUGAGUGAGCUGGGUAAGCUGCUAAUGCAGGGGUCAUUUAGCGUGUGGACGGAGCACAAGAAAGGUCACGCCAAGGUGAAGGAUCUGGCCCGUUUCAAACCCAUGCAGAGGCACAUCUUCCUCCACGAAAAGGCCCUGAUCUUCUGCAAGAGGAGGGAGGAGAACGG